GAAAAUUCAAUUCAGUGGAAUAAAUCCUUCAUCUGAAAAUCCCGAAGCAGCAUAGGUGGAAAGAUGAAUAUCCUCCAUCUUCCGGAUUGUAUGAUUGCGCAAAUAUUUGAGCAUUUGGCCUACGAUGAAGUAGCCAAGAAGCGUCUGGUUUGUAAGAGAAUCGACGCAAUAUGCCAGAGAAUCCUCAAUCGGGGCUUUAUGAAGAUGAUCCGAUUGCACGGGAUUAAUAUGAAGAAGAUUAAAUCGAAACUUCCACGAAGGGAAUCGGAGAGAAGGAAUCAUCCUCUGUCACGUCAUGCAGACAUCCUAACGUGCAUUGAGACACGCAUUUCUAUGCUAACGAUGACCUAUGGGAAGUACAUUGAGGCCAAGUUGUGCUGCUUCAUUCCGGGAAAGGUGGUGGAUGAGGUGUUGCGUUUGUUGCGCCUUGUGCAGGAGACAACCCUUCAGGUGCGCAGUCAUGAGAUUCUUCAGGAGCUCCGGGAUAUCUCCUCCAUGGCAAUUGAGCAUUUCGAUGAGAAGAUAUCUCUGGCACUGAAGAAGGCUUUCAUUGAGACGACAAAACAACGACUCCCGCCCACGACGUCUUUUACGCAAAUUCUCACAGAUUCCGUCCUCGUGACGGACUUCAAUACAGCCCGUCCCAGUGGGGAUACCCCAACAGCCACAUGCACAGGGCGCAAUAGGCAGGAUUGCUCCACAUCACGGAGGAAUCGUCUGUCCAUUGUGAAGAUUGACAAAGCAAUGGCCAAGACAACGGCAAAGGUUAAUCGUUUGGUUCAGCUUCAGAAUAAACAGGUGCGUCAGUUGCGUGUCUACGGGAACACCGUGGCAGAGAUGAAGACACAAAUAGCUGACCUGAGGCGACGUCUCGAUGAAUCCGAGGCAAAGAACCGCGAAAUCUCGGCCAAUAUCAGCCAGAUUAAGGACACAACAGGGCAAAUCCCCCAGGGGGCUCCCAUUCGGACGUCUCACAUUAAGCCACGCAUGGCUACAAUUAUCCUGAAGCGUCGUAUCUCCGGCAGCGCAUCCCACGAACCCGAAGACACCGGCGAAAGCUCAAAGAAGCCUCGCUCGGAGUAGGAGCUGCGCUACAUCGCCCCUAAUGCAAUCACUCCAUUUUUUUAAUCUGCGGGGUAUCUCAUUACACAGACUGAGAUACAUUUUUUUCUUUAUUACAUCAGUGGUGCAUUCAGAUCUUUUUUUACUGAAUUUUCAUUUUUUUUUUUAAUUAUGAGAUCCCGUAGCGGCAACUGCCAUGAGUAUUUGAAGAAGAGAAAAGAAAUUGAAAGAAAAAAUACCAAUUAACUUAUAUAAAGAAAUCUACCUUUAAAAUAACCAGAAAUUCUCUAUUAUUUACUAUUUUAUUUACCUACUUUUAACUAAAAUGUAAUAUAUUAAUUAUAAUGAAAAAAUAACCCUUUGAUGUCUGAUAGCUGAAGCUAUAAAAAUGAAUUUAUAUAAAACUAAUAAUAUUUAAAGUUUAAAAUAUGAAUUUCAGCUUCAAUGUUGGUGCAAAAGGCAGCAGCAAAUCCGAUAAAAUUAGCACUAAAAUGCUGGAUUUCUCUCAUAAUUCUUAUGCUUUUAGAAACUCCUUAAACUGAGAGCGAAAAACUGUUUAGCCGUAAGAUUUUUAUCUUUUUUCUUCACUUUUUCAAAGAUUUCUUUAAGUUUUUUAGAAGUCUAACCAAUAUCUCAGUUAGUAAAGAAACUCAAAAGCUGCUUUUUUGUUAACCAACUUGGGCACAAACCUACUACAUCCUAAAUAGUUUAUAGAGACACAUUAGAUUUUUAGUUAAUGAUUUUGUAUCAAAAAUUACCCUAAAAAGAUCCAUUUCAGUUGAAGUCUAAAACAAUCUGAGAAUCUAACUUUUAAACUUAUAUUAAAAAUCCCUUUAAAACCCGAAGAGCUGUGCUACGAAAAAAGUUUUCUUGGAGAUAAAUUGAUAAAAUUAAAAUCCUUAUUUAUCUAUUGAAUGAUUCUCAGACUUUUAGGCUGAUUAAUUGUAAACUGUGAAUAAGAAAAUUCUUGUUGGAUCAGAAAUAAAAUUAUGAAAUCAUGAAAAAA